AUGGCAGCCAUAGCUACUAACAAUUCCGGGGGUGCAAUCUGCUCUCUGGAAGAAUUCCUCCGAGUUUCCUACGACUACAUUAUCAUCGGCGGUGGCACAGCUGGUCUGGCAGUGGCUGCAGGGCUCAGUGAAGACCCGAGCGUAAACGUGGGCGUGAUUGAGGCCGGGAAAGAUCAGACAAAGAAUGAGCUUGUUCAAACCCCGGCUCUUUUCCCCCAAAUGCUGGGCAUACCAGAGUAUGACUGGAUGCUGUUUACGGUACCUCAGAAAGCAAACCGUGACAAAGUGCAUGCUCUGACUCGUGGGAAAAUGCUGGGAGGCUCGAGUGCCACAAAUGGUAUGAUGUACGUCCGCGGCUCAAAGCGAGACUACGAUGACUGGUCCGCCUUUGGAAGAGGAUGGUCCUGGCCGUCCAUGGCGCCGUAUUUUCGACGGCACGAAACCUUCGACGAUACCCGCACCGGUCUUCCGUCCGACGCCAAUAUUACCAACUAUAACGCGGGAAGUCAUGGAAGGUCUGGAGCGAUUCAGACCAGCUUCAACAACUGGAGGACCCCACUCGAGCGGAGCUUCAUUGACGCCGGGAAAGAGGCUUCCGGGAUUAUGGAAAGUCCACGAGAUCCAUGGGGCGGAGAUCACCUGGGCUUCUUCUCAUCCUUGGCUACAGUCGACCGAAAAACACGGAAGGGGACCCGCAGCUACGCAGCGAGCGCUUACUUGUUGCCCAAUAUACGGCGUCCAAAUCUUCGGAUACUCACCGAUGCUCUGGCUAUGAAGGUGAUCUUGCAGGGCACAGUGGCGUGUGGCGUUCGCAUUCAUUGUUCCGGGCAGACACACGACAUAAGCGCUGCAAGAGAAGUCGUGCUGAGCUGCGGCACGUACAAGUCUCCACAGAUCCUGGAGCUCUCAGGAAUUGGCGAUCCGAAUAUCCUCGCCCAGGCAGGAGUUUCAUGCAAAGUGCCCCUGCCGGGCGUGGGUGCAAAUCUACAGGAUCACAUCGUCACCGCUGCCGUAUAUGAGUUGAAAGACGGCACCUCUUCCUUCGACGCGUUGCGCGACCCGCGCAUCAUGCAAGAACACCUAGACAUGUACAGCAAGGAUUCUCAGGGCAUUCUAGCUUAUGCUACCAGUGGCAUGGGCUUUCUGCCUUACUCGAAGAUAGUCUGUUCUGCUGAGUUGGAGCAGACAUGCCAAAAGAUCCUGAGAUCUCCAGCAAAGACGCCUUUCCAGCGGAAACAACAAGAACAGAUCGUCGAGCAGUUGAGAAGCCACUCGUCAGGCAAUAUCCAGUUUAUCUUGACGCAGGGAACGCUAAACGUUGAGGAGGUCAUCGGUAACCAGGGCAAGUUCGCGAAAACCCUCGCUGAGGGCGACCGGGACGGGUUUACAAUCGUAGCUUGUCUCCAGUAUCCCGCAUCCAGAGGCACCGUCCAUAUCACUAGCACCGAACCGGCCAAGAACCCUGCUGUUGAUCCUGCAUUCCUGACUCAUCCCGCGGAUGUUGACGUCCUCGCUGCUGGUCUGGGCUUCUGUGACAAGAUUGCCCAGUCCUCUGCGUUGAAGGAUAAGGUUCACCGGCGCGCAUAUCCUCCGGAGAAUGUCAAUUUGCAUGAUCGAGCCGCUGCUUCCGAGGCCGUGAAAGACUUCUGCAUGACCGAGUAUCAUCCUUGCGGGACGUGCGCCAUAGAGCAGGUGGUGGACGAGAAGCUCAAAGUUUAUGGCGUACAAAGAUUGAGAGUGGUCGACGCCAGUGUAUUCCCGGGAAACGUGAGCGGGAAUAUCCUGUCAACUGUGUAUGCUGUGGCGGAGAAAGCGGUGGACUUGAUCAAGGAGGAUUCGCUCCAGGUUCGGUCAUCUUUGUGA